AUGAGCUCGCCGCAGAAGAAGACCGUCGCCGCAACAGAGGGUAACCUCUCUGUUGCUCAGUACCAUGAGCGCCAGCAGGCAAAGCGCGACGCGCUCGCUGCAAAGGCCGCGUCGGGGACAACCCAGUCGGAGAUUGUCCUCGAAGGUUCCUCUGUAGUCAGUGACGCCGUUGACUACGAGAGUGACGACGUAGAGAUGGAAGAGGGCGAAGCCUCUUCCAACAAGCGCAAGGAGUCUAUCGACAGUGAUAGUCUCGACCCGCAUGCCGGGUCGAGACGCUCUCGUGAAGGAGACGAUUCGGACGCUUCAAGCUCGAAGCGUUCGCGCGGCGAGACCGAAACUCCGCUCUCCGCUGCUGGGGCCUUAAGCUCCCCGCGUGAGGUGGCGUCUUCAAGUUCUCUGCGCGCUGCUCAGGCAGCGCGCGAUCCGUGGAUGCUGUCUGCCGGGAUCCACGAUGAUGCUGUGGCGGAGGAGCAGCAUUUUGAUCCGUUAACGAAUCAAAGGCGCGAUUACUAUAUCGGACUCUUUCACGAGCUCCGAUACUUCUCCAGCAAGAAGACCUCUUCUCGCAGCAAAGUGCCUGAGUGGCAGGCACUUUGUCAAAGUUGGAAUGCUUUUGUUGAGAACUUCAACAAGAAGCCGGUUGCUUACCGUGAGCGGGUUAAGCAUGCCCGUGAGCGCUUCGAGACAUUCUCGACGCGCGGGAGGCUGGAGCAGCUCCACAGAUCCUCUGUGGACGCUGUGCACGGUGCGGUGCGCUUGAGCGACCGCGACCUAAACGGGUACACGAUGAUUCGUGUACCUGAGAGUCUCAAGGAUCUCCGUGCCAAGUUCUUGGCACGCGAGGAACGCGACGAUCGUGGGACCUCGGGCGCUGUAGGUGACACAGCGCUCGCACUACCUUCGCGUCGGCAGCUUCGUACGCCCUCACCAUUUCCGGAACGUCCUGCAGCAGGACGUCCCGUGGCUCCCAUGUAUCUUGGUGGGACGGAAACCCUCUCCAACGAAUACGAUAACGAACCGGCUGCCGGUUCGUUUUCGGGAUACUAUGGUUCACAAUACGCUCAACAAUCCAGUGUGUUGAGCCGCGGGCGUCGCGGAUCGGAGGCGGCGGUGGUGGGAACACGCCCCGGGUAUGGUCAACCAGGGGUUGACCUUGGCCCGACGCUCGAGGAGCGGGUCGCUGCUGUGGAACAGCGUCAAAGCCGGGAGUUCGCCGCUCUGAUGCAGGAGGUGGCGAUCCUGAGGGCUCAAGUCGCUCAGGCCUCGCAGACCGCAUCGGACAUCUCUGUCGACGUGGGAGGUCGCAUCGCACGCUUGGCCCAGCGCGUUUACGCGCUGGAGCAGAGGUUCGCUCCCGCUGGGGCUUCCGCUUCGGGCCAGCCGAGCUAG